UGCCGUAUUACUGCCGGUGGUCGGUGGUCUAUGGUGUAUGUGUAGGUAGGAGAGUAGACUGCAGCAGUUUCGCGCAGAGAAGUUAAGAGACAACAAGUAAAGGAAAUUCGAAAUUGAAAUGCGAGUUGCUUCUGUUGAUCAGUCGAUACCGGGCGUUCGGAAGAUACACAUGCGAUUAAUAUGGCUAAUGCCAUGAUUCAAUUACCAAUUAUACUCCUAAUUGGAGUUUACUUUGUUUCAAUCGCUAAAUUAUCACUAUCAGCAACUCUUGAUAUCGAUAAAAUUAGUAAUAAUACCAACGAAACAUGUCCUGAUUCGCUUUCUGUUGCCUUAGAAUCUCACAAUUUAGAAUAUCUUCCCAACGGGUCUUUUCUUCAUCAAAGUACCCAGGAAGUUUACCCUCAGGAAUUUUUGCGGAAAGACAAUGACACCACUUACGGGUGCGUUUGCAAACAAGGCUUCGGUAGAACUUGUAUCAGAAAGUGUUGUCAAGGCAACGAAUUUUUGAAAGUUUCAAACUACGACGACAAAUCCGAGUGCACUGAAAUAGAAGAUAAGUUUUUAAAAGUACCGGAUCUUCUUCCCGCUAAAAAUCAGCUGGGAAAUAAAUUGAAGAAUAUCAGUGGACUUUCCCAGCAAUUUCGCAUUAUUGUCAAUCAAAUCUGUCCUUUUGGAAGAUAUCGCUUGGAGCCAGAACAAUUUGAAGAUGACAACUUUGUAAUUUUCUCGAACGGGACCCUAAAAACAGGAGAUCUUACGUUAACCCAGUCCCAGUACUGCUUAGACUGGGACCAUGAUUUUAAAACAAUAAUUGUGCUUGUGUGUCACUCACCUGAAUUAGUCGUAGAAGAAGAAAACCCAAUGGUGACAAUUGUCCAUCCAAUUGGAGUCAUUAUCUCGAUUCCAUUUCUCGUAGCGACGCUUUUUGUUUACGCAGUGAUUCCAGAGUUGAGAAAUCUUUACGGAGUCACGUUGAUGUGCUACGUUGGGUGUCUUCUUGGUGCAUACAUCUUCCUUGUCACCGGCAGGCUUAUUUACCACAGACAUUUUUCUUGCGUCAUAAUCGCUUUCGUAAUUCAUUUUUCAUUUUUGGCGAGCUUUUUCUGGUUAAACGUAAUGUGUUUCGAUAUCUGGUGGACUUUUGGCAAAAAUCCAGGACUGUACACAAAUCCAUAUGGAGGGUUCCGGGCGCUGCAGGGAAGCCAGAAAAAACAGGAGCGAAAGAAGUUCGCUUGUUAUUCGAUCUACGCGUGGGGGUGCGCCGGGCUUUUAACUGGAAUCUGCCUAAUUAUGGAUUUUCAUCCCAACAUAUCAUCGAGCGUAAUCCGUCCGCAAUUUGGAAAAGAGAGCUGCUGGUUUGCGACCGACGCAGCAAGAGCUAUUUAUUUUUACGGGCCAAUGGGGGUGACUGUAGUUUGCAAUAUAAUUCUCUUCAUCGCUACCGCAAUGAAAAUAGUACAUCAUAAAAAAGAAACAGCCCACCUUAACCGUGAUGACAAUCGCAGACAUAAUGAUAAUAAACAAUGGUUCAAUUUAUAUCUAAAACUAUUUAUUGUCAUGGGAGUUAACUGGUCAAUGGAAAUAAUAUCUUGGAUUUUCGGGAAUAAGCCAGAUUACAUUUGGUACGUAACUGACGUCGCAAAUACUCUUCAAGGCCUAGUGAUCUUCAUAAUAUUCGUGUGGAAACGAAAAAUAAAGAUUUUAUUACUGAAACGAUUUGGAUGCAAGGACUCGAAAUUUUUACAAUCGCGUAAUUCAACGCGGAGUACACAUAACAGCUCGAUGUCCACAAAAACAAACACAUCGAUCUUGAAUCCUCUGCCAGAUAAAUUUAAAAUGACUACUAUUGAAAGAAACCAAGAUGAAAACACUGAGGUUUUUUAAUUUAUAUCUCUCUAUAUCAAUCUGAAUAAAAACAAUAGUAUGUAAGUAUCAAUCAUAUAUAUUUUUGAAAAAAAUGUAUGUACAAUGGCUAUCAAAACUAUUUUUAUAAAAUAGUACAAUAUUCUAGUCAAUUAUUAACAAAAAACA